GUGUAAAUGUUGACCUGUGUAAGGCAACAUCAGGCUUGACUUAAACAUUGAUUUCCUAGCUUUGUAAAACUAAAUUUGCUGAAUUAUUAUUUAUUAUUAAGAUAAUAUGUCGUUCACUAGCGACGCGUAGCUAGCGUGAAAUUCCUCCAAACAGCUGACGUGUUAGCUCCCAAAGCUAAAUAAUGGACGUGGAUCACGGAUUCUAUCGGCAGGUGCAUGUCCAGGCCCACGCUCACUACAUCGUUGCCUUCUUUGUCUUGGUGAUUGGAACAUUGGGUGUUACUGGGAACGCCUUGGUCAUGUACGCCUUUUUCUGUAACAAGAAGCUACGGACUCCCCCCAACAUUUUCAUCAUGAACCUGGCAGUCAGUGACUUCCUCAUGGCCAUUACACAGUCACCCAUCUUCUUUGUUAACUCCCUCUACAAGGGCUGGAUCUUUGGUGAAACAGGCUGUAAAAUGUACGCCUUCUGUGGAGCUUUAUUCGGAAUCACUUCCAUGAUAAACCUUCUGGCCAUCUCUCUUGACCGCUACAUUGUCAUCACCAAGCCUCUGCAGGCCAUACGGUGGACCUCCAAGAGACGUACUUGCCUCAUUAUUGCCCUGGUCUGGCUGUACUCACUAGCCUGGAGCCUUGCGCCCCUUUUGGGGUGGAGUUCGUACAUACCAGAGGGCCUGAUGACUUCAUGCACAUGGGACUAUGUGACAUCUACUCCUGCCAAUAAAAGUUACACUUUGAUGCUCUGCUGCUUUGUAUUCUUCAUCCCUCUGGCCAUUAUAUCCUAUUGUUAUCUGUGCAUGUUCCUGGCAAUCCGCCAUGCAAGCAGAGAUGUGGAGAAGCUGGGGUAUCAGGUGAGGAAGUCAACCCUGAUGCAGCAGCAGUCCAUCAAGACUGAAUGGAAGCUGGCCAAGAUUGCCUUUGUGGUCAUCAUAGUGUUUGUGCUUUCCUGGUCGCCCUAUGCAUGUGUCACCCUCAUCGCCUGGGCUGGAUAUGCAAGCAUCCUCGAUCCCUAUUCCAAAGCUGUUCCUGCUGUUAUAGCCAAGGCAUCAGCCAUUUACAACCCUUUUAUCUACGCCAUCAUUCACUCUAAAUACAGGGACACCAUGGCAGAACAUGUUCCCUGUCUUCACUUCCUAGCCCAGGCCCCCAGGAGGAAGUGCAUAUCGGUGUCACACAGCGAGUCCUCCCUCAGGGACUCAAUGCUGAGCAGACAGUCGUCAGGCUCCAAAACCAGGUUUCACAGAGUGUCCUCCAUGUCUACGACAGACACACAGGUUUGGAGUGAUGUGGAGCUGGACCCUAUAGAGCAGAGCCAUCGCGUGAGGUCCAGCUAUUCCCUUGGAGCUCUGAGGGACAAAGAGCAAAGGUCAUUGGCUAAGCAGACCAAGGGACAGGGAAGCCACAGCCAGCAACAGAUCCACGUCCCACAGCGAAGCUCGACGAACAGAUGUGAUCACACCCUGUCGCCCGACUGUAUCAACACAGUAAUCCCCGCGGCCGUGGGGAAGAGAAGGGAGGAGAAUCCUGAAAGUUGGAAUAACGACAAGAAACAGGAAGAUGAGCAAGAGAAAGAGGGGGAACAUGAACAGAGAGAGGCACAGCACGUUCAGAAGGAGAGAGACGAGAAGGAGCUGGACUCCCUGGACAAUAUCGUAUGUGUGCACUCCCAAGCCGUCAUCAGACUCGACUUGAAGAAAGGCCCUCUGGAACUUGGCUACUGUGAGGAAAAACAAAGAACACAGACGAGGCAGAAAGAUCUGUGGCUCGAUUUACAGCCUCCGGACCAAUCUGCUCAAGUAUUUGAGUCUGUGCAAAGAUUUUUAAGCUAAAUAUUGAAUGUGUUUAUUUAUCUAUGUCGCUGUGUGUGGGUGUGUGACUGUGACACAGCAGAGGAAAGUUUCUUUUUCAAGAAUGGUGACUUUUAAAGUUACCUUUUUCUCCAACUGUUUAGCAAUGCAGUGCAACCAAAUACAUUUGUUUAAUAGGUUAUUGUGCAAUCGUAUACACAACUGUUUUGACCAAUAAUCCUGACACAACAAUCCCGCUGUUCGGGCUUCUUUGAUAUCAACACUGUCACAGUGAAACAAGGAAAAGUCUUACAAAUGGAACCUCAGCUUAGAAUUACCUUUAAAAUCAUUUUCAGAAAAUUAUGCACUUUUGUCAAAGAGGCCAAGAAUCAACUGUAUCAACCAAUUAAAGGACCAACAAUAUUAAUGAUCAACUCUUUUUAUUUACUUUGUUAUGUGAGGAAACAGAUUAUAUACAUGCGUUUACUUUGUAACCAAUGCUACCUUUUGCUCAUUUAAAUUAGCAAUGAGAAAAUGUGGUUACUAUUUCUUGUGGAUGAAAUCAUUUACGGCUAUAACGCAUUUAUGAGUCAUUGUAGAACUCAUUAUAAUAUAUGUACGGCGUCAUAGACCAGUGUUUAUUUAUAUGUAAGUUGUUGACAUUUUGUGCUGUAUCAUGAGUUCAGGCACAAUAGUAAUUAUGCGUUAUACAACACAAAACGUGCAUUCACUGCAGCUACUCUGAAAACAAUGUUACAUAUUUAAUAUAAAGCAUUUUGCUAACCAAAGACAGUCAUAGUGCAUUUCAGCUGGCAUGUGCCAUGUAGCGAGUCAUAAGGACACUUGAUGCGCUAAUGUAUCACAUAUUAUCAUGCGUUAUGAUUUUCUAAUAAAGGCUGCGUGUUCUCAGGAACAGUAUCGGCACGGCAACAAUCACGGACAUUUUGCACCUUUAUCUUCUCUUCUCUUGGUGCUGUUGUUUAAUUUUAAACUAGAAUGGUUAA